GCAGCCGCAGCGCCGGUGGAGGAGCGCGCGGCCGCGAGAGCGCAGGAGGGAGGGCGGGCAGGAAGAGGGAGGCGGGCGGGCAGCCGGGCGCCGAGGUCGGGGAGCGAGGCUGCGAGCGGGCGGCGAGAGCCCGGCAGGCGCUGCGCGCAGGGUCUGCAGCCCGGGCUUCUGGAAGGGGGCGGCCGUCGAGCCGGCCGAGGAGAAGCGGGCGCCGGCGGCGUCGGUGCUAGCGCCUGGGGGCGGGGGACCGGAGAGGCGAGCAGGGGGGUCGCUGCGGUGCUCCUCGGGCUUGUCGCGCUCUCCUCGCCGCGCUCCCGGCUCGGGGGGCUCCUCCCGGCGUCGCCCUCGCCUCUGGGGCCCCGCUCCCCGCCCCCCGCGGUAUGUCUUGAUCCCGAGCGGCGGGUUUCAUGGGGCUCCUCAGGAUUAUGAUGCCGCCCAAGUUGCAGCUGCUGGCGGUGGUGGCCUUCGCGGUGGCGAUGCUCUUCUUGGAGAACCAGAUCCAGAAGCUGGAGGAGUCCCUGUCGAAGCUAGAAAGGGCAAUUGCAAGACAUGAGGUUCGAGAAAUUGAGCAGCGACAUACAAUGGAUGGCCCUCGGCAAGAUACGACCUUUGAUGAGGAAGAAGACAUGGUGAUCAUUUACAACAGAGUUCCGAAAACUGCAAGCACCUCGUUUACCAACAUCGCCUAUGACCUAUGUGCAAAGAAUAGGUACCAUGUCCUUCACAUCAACACUACCAAAAAUAACCCAGUGAUGUCACUGCAAGAUCAGGUACGCUUUGUAAAGAACAUAACUUCCUGGAAAGAGAUGAAACCAGGUUUUUAUCAUGGACAUGUGUCUUAUUUGGAUUUUGCAAAAUUUGGUGUAAAGAAGAAGCCAAUUUACAUUAAUGUCGUAAGGGAUCCUAUUGAGAGACUGGUUUCCUACUAUUACUUUCUGAGAUUUGGAGAUGAUUAUAGACCAGGACUAAGGAGACGAAAACAGGGAGACAAAAAGACCUUUGAUGAGUGUGUAGCCGAGGGCGGCUCCGACUGCGCUCCAGAGAAGCUCUGGCUUCAAAUCCCCUUCUUCUGUGGCCACAGCUCAGAAUGCUGGAAUGUGGGAAGCAGGUGGGCUAUGGAUCAAGCCAAGUAUAACCUAGUCAAUGAGUAUUUCCUGGUGGGAGUCACUGAAGAGCUGGAAGACUUCAUCAUGUUGUUGGAGGCAGCUUUACCCCGGUUUUUCAGGGGUGCUACAGAACUCUAUCGUACAGUAGGAAAGAAAUCUCACCUUAGGAAAACCACAGAGAAGAAACUCCCCACUAAACAAACUAUUGCCAAACUACAGCAGUCUGACAUUUGGAAGAUGGAGAAUGAGUUCUACGAGUUUGCACUGGAGCAGUUCCAGUUCAUCAGAGCCCAUGCCGUUCGGGAAAAAGAUGGAGACCUCUACGUCCUCGCACAAAACUUUUUUUAUGAAAAGAUUUACCCCAAGUCAAACUGAAUCCGAAGAGUGACUUAGAUCCUUGAAUAGAACUCUGACCCUGAUUUCACCUUCACUCUUGGCUCUGCAGCCAGAGAUUGCUGAUCCUGGCAGUUUGUGUUGAGCUGAGUUUGGAAGGGGUAAUAAUACCAAGGAGGUAGUGUCUGUAUGGUAGAAGAUUUAUGUUUCAAGCAUUUUUCCUUUUUCUGGAUGAAUUUUGGUGAGAAACAAACCGUGUUAUCACCUAAAAUAAAUACAAGCAGAUCUAGUCCAAAGGCUGAAUACAAUUUCAGAAAAGGGUCUGAUAUUCUGGGUUUUGGCAAAGCAUUUUUUCAACUACCCAUGAAUGAAGGUUGAUCCGUUUGACACUAAGGCCUGCGCUGGCAGUUGGGGUUAGACACCUCUACUGAAUAGUGUUAAUAACUGUUGGGCAGUGUGUGCUUUGUUGCUGCGAAUCAUGUCUCUUGAAACUGUUGGAAUGUGGGAUCAUGUUUGCUAAGAAGUGUUUCUGCUUAUAGUUGGAUUUACUCAUGUUUAUGUAGGUGGUUUUAAUUUUUUUAAAUAAUCAUUAGUAUUAAAUAACAGCUCAAACCAUGAAUAAUGUUAUAAGAAGAUAAGAGUCAAGGCAGUAUUGCUUAUUUCCGUCUUCCCAAUAUUUAUUAUUGGGAAUAAACCUCAAAGAACAUCGGCAUUAUCUGAAGUUUUAGCUAAAACUUAAACACAUUAAUAUCAAAAAAGGCAGUGUACUGUUUGUUUCUUCAUGGGUUAUUUGUAAAGCUGUAAACUGAGCUAUCAAGGCCUCCUCUUAGGACUCCAUUGGUGAGCUGUGGUGUGGGGCGGGUUUUCCUACUUCUGUACUUUUACCUGUAGACUAUUUUUAAUAAGGUGCUUUAUAAUGUGUUUUAAAGCAUUGCAUUUAUGGACAAAAAAAAAGAGGAAAAUGCUGUAAAUAGUGCAUAUUUUAUGUAUUUGGACCAAAAGGUUACAAGUAAUCAGACAAAAGUGAUUUUGCACCUGUUUUAUUAUGUCAACUAAAACCAUCAGACUUACUGUCCUUGUAUUUCUCAUUUAAAUUUAAUGUUAAGACAUCAGUGAAAUGAACUUCAAUCACUUUUCGAUUUUGAUACACAAUACAUUACUCAUCUCUGGAGGUAGUAGUUGUAGUGGAAGGAGUCCCGGAUAAGAAGUCGAAACACUUGACUUCCAGUCUCUGCUCUGCCACUUACCAGCUGUGUGACCCUGGGCAAGUCCCUUAACCUCUCGUUGCCUCAACUUCCUCAUCUUGAAAUGAGGCUGAUAAAACCUGCUGUACCUACCUCACAGGGCUGUUGUGAGGCUGGAUGAGAGGGCACGUGAAGCACUUUGGAACUGCAAAGCAGUGAGAGAUAUAAGGUGCUGUUGUAGAGACAUCUGUAACACGUGGUGUCAAACUUUUCUUUAGCAAAGGAAAGUCCAUUUGGGGUUGGAAAAAAUAAGUUAAUUUGACAAAGUUGUGCUUAAUGAGUGUCUUCUCAGUGUUUCACCUUCCAUUUUCAACAGCUGUUGAGCUGUGAAAGCCCUGUGAACUCCUGGUUCCCAAGCAGCUGCCAAGUUCCCUGUCGUCAGUGGCCCACUGGCUGAUCUGGGACAGGAAAGUCUCACUCGGCAGAGUUUACUGAUUUUUUUUUCUGUUUUUGUUUUCUAUUAUCAUUCAGAAAUGACAGCUGUUUUAUACCUGUGCUUUUUAAGGUGUAUUUUCCAGGGGUUAAAGUUUCCUGCGCGUUCUUCUCCUUCUUAAAGUAAAAGAGAGAAUUUUAAGAACACUUUUCUAAAAGAACAAUCUUUAAUAUGUUUAGCUUAAGCAAUUGUUUCUAAAGGCUUCCCCACACUGUAAGUCUUUGAGACACAUUGCUUUAAAGGUUAUUAAUUGUAUGAGCGAGAGGGAGGACGCACUACUUACAGAAAAUAUUACGGAUCCACUGGAAUGACAGAGUCAUUUUAGCAUCCUUCUCCCCCAGGAAUAUGGAAAUGUUAAGAACCUGAGCCAGGAGUGUGACUGAGAUGCCACAGGGGACACCUGUGUCCCACACAGGGUGUCCCUGUGCUGUAUCCUGGCUCUUGCUGACAGCAGCUUCUUGCUCACGCAGCCCCCACUAGACCGUGCUGACAGCCCAGAUGCUCCCCGGGUGAGUUCUGGCUCAACUUCCCAACACUGACCCAGCCCAGCUCAUUAUGGGUGUUUAGGGAGUGAACCAGCAGAUGGCAAUGCCCACCCUGUGUCAAUUUUUUUAUAAAGAUAAUAUGGCCAGGCAUAUAUACUUUUCUGGUUUUUGUUUUCCCUUUCUUUAAUGUUUCUAAAUUAACUUCUACAGGUAUUUGCUGAAAACAAACUAUUUGGUGUUUAUGCGCUAAUGGAACAAACUGCAGGUUCUCUGAGUACACGCUAAGAUCUGGUGAGGUGCAUUAACUGUUUUUAGAUACCUAGAGCAGCUCCUGGAGCACUGAAGCAGGCUCAGCGAGCUUUCUGUGUGUGUAGAGAUUCUUGGCUGCACAGGCCUUGUGCUCUCUGUCAUAAAUCAACUGCCCCUAUUGCACAAAAGCAGCUAUGAACAAUAUCUUAACAGCCGAGUUUGGCCAUGUUCCAAUAAAACUUUAUUUGCAAAAACAGACAAUACACUGGAUAGGGAUGUGGGCUCCCAACUCCUGCACUAGAGAAAUCAUUAUUUAUGCAGAAAUCAUGUUUGUAUCCAUCUUCAAGUGACCUAAAAGAGUUUAUAUACUUCCACAAGCUCCUGACAUAUCCAAAGAAUAACUUCCUGAUUUAUUCUCCCGCAGAGUCACAAGCUUUUAUCACUUACACUGUUUCCAAGUGGGCCUGUUUAUUUCUCCAGUUCAACAGUUCAGAACCGGGGCAUUUAUUUGAUCAUCUUAAAGGGUUGGAUAGGAGUGUCCUUUCUGGAAACUGAGAGGAGAGUGGAUUGAAUUCCAUCUGGUCCAGUACAGUUCUAGGAGUGUGAGUCCUUGUAAUACCUAACUUUGUAAUCAAUAAACUAUGUAGAACCACAGAGAUAAUAAUGUAUUUUUUUAAAGUGGCAAACGUGGUUUUCUUUUUUCAGCCUUGGCACUUUUUCAGUAUUUUGAUCAUAGGGAGAUAUUUUUUUUAUAAUACAAAAGUAAAUUAACCACUUUGAAUUUUAAUGUUAUGUGUGUAUGUGUAUAUAUCUAUAUCGAUAUCUGUGUUUAUUUCCUAAAAGAGGAGAGUUCCUUUUUGUUCAACUUGUAUCAACUCCUGUUUUCUAAUUGCUGUGAAAAGGCAACUGUUGAUAAAUUAUUGUGACUGUUUUAAAAUGUAAUGGGGACGAUAUAUUUUGAUUUUCACCCAGCUUUAAUCUGUAAAGUAUCACUUAAAUAUAUCUGAUAGCAACACUUGAA